AUGUUCAAAUCAGUUGCACUUGUUGGUGCAUUAGCACAGGUUUGUCUCUCUCAAGAAUUUUCUUUACAUGCUCGAACUUUGGAUGGCCAAUCUAAACACAGCCUAGGGAUAUUUAAUUACGACAGUGAUACGCAUCAGAUAACUCCUCUGGUAGCUCCACCAGUGGUCGAAGAUAGCAUCAGACAAGAUGUGCCAUAUUGUAUUGAUGCAGAUUCGAAAGAUCCACAAUUACAACAAUCUUGUUUCACUUUGAUGGAAUUAGAGACUAUAUUACAUUAUAACUUAGUUUUAAGUGUGGAUACAGAUACUAAUGACAUCCAGAAAUUUUCUUUGAUACGGAAUGAAAAUGCUACGACUAUUGAACCCAUUGUGCAAGAUCCUGCCAUGGCGCCAGUGGCGCCUGCUGUUUUAUUGAAGAAGAAAACUAAGACCUAUGCAGACAAGAAAAAGGAUACUGCUCAAGGUGCAGAACAAUUCAGUAAAGCCACUGAGAAAUCUGAGGAAGAAGAGGACGACAGAAAUUAUCUACAGAAAAAUUGGAAACAAUUAGUAAUUGGUUUGGUCAUUUAUAAUGUUGUUACUAGUAUAAUGAAACCUAAAAAUGAAAAGAAAGAGUGA